AAUAAUAAAAUCCAGUCCUUCUUUCUUCUUCCAUCUCCAACUUGUUUGAAUGAGAUAUAAAAAACGAUGACGUCACAUCAUCCAACCGCCCAAAUUAUCCCAGCACCACCGCCGCCGCCGCCGCCGCCAGAAUUCUCCGGCGAAAAUCAGAAACCACCGGACAUCCAAUCCGUACGUACACUCGUCACCAUAAUCAACCACCACAUGCAAACAAUUCUCCAAAACACACAGUCGCAAAAAGCCCUAACCCUCAAAUGCACCUCCAAACUCAAAAUCAAAGCGCAGGAAUUCUUCGAAUUCUCCGAACACUCCGCCGUGUCAAACCUCUACUGGGGGAUAGUCAACGCUGACUCAGCAUCCCAAUCCAAAUGCCCGAACCAGAGAUCAAUUCAAUUGGACGAUUCGGAGAAGAUGCUCCAGGUGCCAGCUUCGCUCGACGAAAAUGGAAUCACCAUGGGGAUUCCCAACAGUUACCUACUCUGCAGUUCCUACUUUUACCUCUCCGUCGUCGAGUUCCUCAGGGGCGACACGUGGCAGGUGGCCCUGCAUUUCCUCCAGGCGGUUUCCGUCUCCCCCGGGCUCGUGUGCAAUGAGUUCGCUCCCGGAAUCUGCCGGAGUUUGCUGCCGUUGUUGCUCGUCGAUAUUAGCCGUUGCGAUGACGUCAUGGUCGGUGAUGAUGACGUCAUCACGAUGAGGUGGAUGGCUAGAAGGUAUAAGCCGUGGUUGAUGUACUAUCGGAUUAUGUCGGGUGUCGAUGAUUUUCGCGAUAUGGGAAAUCGAGGAACUACGACUAAUGUUUUUCGGAGGUCGAAAAGCUUAGAGCCUCAGAAUUCGUGUGAACACACAAGUGGAUUUUUAAGGAUUAAUACUAAUCAUAAUGAAAAGAAUUUGAUGCAGCCUCGUAGUUCUCAAGAAAGCAGUACUAAUGGUGUGGAAGAUGAGCAAAUUGCAUCUUAUUCGAAAAAGACGAAAACUAAAGUUAGAUCGAACAUCAAAUGCCUCAAAGAUAUUUUAACGGAAUCAGAGCCAGAAUCGAACGCCUCCUCUGUGGAAGAAGAUGUUUUCCCUGACCAGUCACAACGUAUAAUCAUUAAAAAAACAGCGACGAAAAAAGUUCGUCACAAAAGUUUAAGGAUUCAGAAAAGCUCAAGCUGCAGAACCGAAUUAGUUCCCUUACAACAACAACAACAAAACGACGAAAAAGAAGAAGAGUACCGUUACACGUUCGAAAUAACAAAGAUACACGAGAUACUAAACAGCAAAUCCGGACCAAAAUACCCUCUCCUAAAAGACGUAAUCUUGGAUCAACUACUAAUAGCCAUUUCCUCUUCGAAGGAAGCGAAAGUAAUUAGGACUUCAAUGUCGAUACUUUCAACUAUCGUCACUUCGAACCGAUCGCUUCUAGAAGACGUCAAACGAAAAGGGCUUCAGUUGUACGAUUUAGCGACGGCCCUCAAACAGAAUAAAGUGCACGAGGCGGUUACACUUAUAUACUUGAUAAAUCCAUCUCCGUUAGAAAUUAAAACACUCGAGCUCUUGCCUUGUCUUGUCGAGGUUGUUUGCAGUUAUUACAAGAUGGAUUUGAAUUUAGCCUCGAUUAUGCCGACCCCGCCUGCAGCUUCGUUGAUGAUUAUAGAGGUUUUAGUGACAGCUUUCGACUGCGAGACGAAUAAUUUGCAUUUAUCGGAGAUUAGUUCGAGGAGAGUGAUUUCAAGGCUUGUGAAAAUACCGAGGAAAGAUAAUCUUGAGGAGUUUAUUUCUUUGGCUGCUGUACUUGUCGAGUGCAUGAGAUUCGAUGGGAACUGUAGGAGGUAUAUAUACGAGUUUUCUGAGGUGGGAAAUUUUGUAUCUCUUCUUUGGAGUAACGAAAAACGUGCCACGAAUGUUGCGCUCGAGUUUUUUAACGAGCUUAGUAAAAUGCCAAGGUCGUCGAGUAUCGGUUUGUUGGAGGAAAUACGAAAACAAGGGAGCGUAAAUAAUAUGUGCGCUUUAUUUCUGCUCACGCAGAAUUCCGAACCGGAAUAUAGACUUCUUGCAGCUAAUUUGCUGCUUCAGUUAGAAGUUCUUGAAGAUACAUUUGCAAAAUGUAUGUAUAGAGAAGAAGCAGCAAAUGCCCUACUCGAGUCACUUGCGUGUGACGAGUCAUCGUCGACACAAGCUUUGUCGGCGUUUAUUUUAUCGAAUCUCGGUGGAACUUACUCAUGGACAGGGGAGCCAUACACUACUGCAUGGCUGGUGAAAAAGACCGUUUUACCCUCGGCGAAUCAUAUGAAUUUGAUAAAAAACUAUGACUUUCUUGAUCAAAGCAUGCAGGAUGGUGGAAUAGAUUUAUGGUGCAGCAAAAUCGGACAAAGAAUGCUUCAAAUUGGGGAGCCCGUUUUUCGUGCAUUGGAAAAGGGACUUAAUUGCAAAUCGAAGAGAGUUUCUCGAGAUUGUUUAAUAGCUAUUUCUUGGCUUGGAUGUGAAAUAGUGAAAAGUUCUGAUGAAGUGAGAAAUUCUGCUUGUGAAAUUGUACUUCAUAGUAUCGAACAAUUUGUUCAUCCUGGUUUCGAGCUCGAAGAACGACUAUUGGCUUGCUUAUGUAUCUAUAAUUAUACCUCAGGCAGAGGUAAUUAUAAUUUAUAUAUAAUGACUUAUAUAUUUAUUUAAUAUUAAACAGUUUGGAUUAAAUUGAAACUNNNUCAAGUAGCUGAUUAUUACCAACCGAAUAAAUGGCGUAUAUCGUGCGUGCAUAGCCAAAUACUCGAGGCGGGAAGUAAAUGUAAUGGAGCUGUGACUGCACUUAUAUACUACAAAGGACUUCUUUGCAGUGGAUAUACAGACGGUUCGAUUAAGGUUUGGGAUAUUAAGGGACAAAGAGCAACACUUAUUCAGGAAAUUAAGGAGCACAAAAAGACUGUCACUUGUUUUGCACUUUAUGAACAUGGCAAUUGCCUUCUAAGUGGUUCUUCUGACAAAACAAUUAAGAUGUGGCAAAUGAUCCAGAAGAACUUCGAAUGCAUUGAAGUAAUCACGACAAAGGAAUCGAUUAGAAGCAUAGAUUCGUGGGGAGAGUCGGUUUUCGCAACUACGCAAAGCAAUAAACUAAAGGUUGUCGACGGAUCGAGGAAAGCUAAAGACGUUUUCAAGAACAAACGAGUGAAGUGCUUAAACGUGACGCAGGGUAAAGUUUAUGCAGGCUGCACUGAUUCAAGUAUACAGGAAUUGAUGAUUAUAAAUAAUCGACACCAAGAAAUGAAGCCGCCUACGAAGAGCUGGAUGCAGAACAAGCCGAUAAACUCGGUUUCCGUCUAUAAGGACUGGUUGUAUAGUGCGAGCUUAACCGUUGACGGCUCGAAGAUUAAGGAUUGGAGAAGAGGUAAUAAGCCUCAAAUAUCGAUAAUGCCGGAGAGAGGAGCGAGUGUUCUUGCAAUGGAAGUGGUCGAGGAUUUUAUUUAUUUGAAUUGCAGUACAUCGUCGAGCAGCAUCCAGAUAUGGUUGAGAGGGACGCAGCAGAGAGUCGGGAGAUUAUCGGGUGGAAGCAAGAUUACUAGCAUGCUUACAGCUAAUGACAUGAUUUUGUGUGGCACUGAGAAAGGUGUGAUUAAGGGAUGGAUUCCUUUGUAAGUUGCUGCAUUCUUGGUGAUUCUAUUGUUUUUUUUUUUUUUUUUUUGUAAAUUAAAUUAAUAUAUAUAUAUAUUUUAAUUUUUAAUUUUAAUUUUAAUUUUUGUAAAUAUAGAGAUGGAAAUGGUGUAGUGAUGUAGUGGUGUGCAUUGUUUUUGUUAUGUAAAUUGAUUGAAAAUACCCUCCUUAAAAGUUAAAAGCGGUAGCGUAUUCUUGAUUUA